AUGGAGCUUGCGGUAUUGUCAACAUUGGAAUGGAGGAUGGAUCCUAUAACUCCUUUUGCUUUUAUUGAUUACUUCAUCACAAAGAUGCAGUUCAACAAGGAAUAUCCACCAGAAACAAAAUACGACAUCAUUGAAGGGUUCCUCCUCUAUCUUACCCGAGUGAUCAAUUUAGUGCAGCAUAGACCAUCUGUUUUAGCAGCUGCUGCCACCAUAAUGGCAUAUGAUCACCAAUUAACGAGAGCAGGACUGGAAGCGAAGAUUAAGUCCUUCCCAAAUUUGAAGUUUCUAAAGAUUGAAGAUGUGUGUUCAAUCUACAAAAUCUUGCAGGAAAAGGAAGAUAAUGGGAAGUCUACGCGGCCACCGGAUUUCACACCGGCCGAGAGUACAGGAAGUGAUUCAGCUAGAGAAACUGUGACCAGCUAG